AUGCCUCCUCUUCCAGGCGCUCCGCUAGAGCGCCGACGGGUGAUCUGCUACCACCAGACGCUGAUUCCCGGCGAGGGGCCAUACGUUUCUAUGCUCCCUCUUGUGGAGCACAACACUGGCAUCACGCAUGUUAUACUUGCAGCCAUCCAUAUCAAUAAUACGCCAGGGGAUAUCACACUCAAUGAUGAUCCGCCAGAUAGUCCGAAGUUCGAUCCCUUGUGGGCAGAAGUUCCCCGCGUGAAGCAAGGCGGCGUGAAGGUGAUGGGCAUGCUAGGGGGUGCCGCACAGGGGUCUUUCAUGCGCCUCGACGGAAGCUCACAGCAGUUUGAAAUGUUUUACGGUCCGUUGCUUGCCAUCAUCCGCCGCUAUGCGCUUGACGGACUUGAUCUGGACGUUGAGGAGCAGAUGUCCCUCCCGGGCAUCAUCCGUUUGAUCGACAGGCUGAAGCACGACAUGGGCGACAGCUUUAUCAUCACGCUAGCACCCGUGGCAGCCGCUUUGCUCGGUGUGGGUAACCUGUCCGGAUUCGACUAUCGUGAACUUGAACAGGCGCGCGCUUCGAAGAUCGAUUGGUACAAUGCCCAGUUUUACAACGGCUGGGGCCCCGCAGAGGAUCCGCGGAUGUAUGCCGCGAUCGUGGCGCAGGGCUGGUCUCCGCGUCGUGUGGUCUAUGGUCUACUGACGAAUCCCGGAAAUGGAUCUCAGGGCUAUGUGUCUCGGGAUAAGAUCAGUGCCGUUCUGGCGAUGUUAGUCGACCUGUUCCCGAACUUUGGCGGGGUCAUGGGUUGGGAAUACUUCAAUGCCCUGCCUGGCGCGCGCGAGGCACCUUGGCAGUGGGCCGCAGAAAUGUCGAUGAGCAUGGGCAUGAAAGACCUGGUGGUUGCGGCUCGUCAAGUGUUGGCCGCGGGGCCGAUGGCCAGCAGCCUGAAUAACUUGCUCCAGGACAUGAUGAACCAAGGACGGAGCUUGUGA